AUGAACCACCACCCGACGCUUACCGACUCCGCUGCUGAAGAGGACAAGGACGACGUGGGCACAUGUUCUGUAUGUUUGGUCGCCUUCAGCGCGAGCGAGGCCGACCACGUGCCGCGGCUGCUCAAGUGCGGCCACUCCUUCUGCACCGCGUGCCUCACCCGCCUCCUCGACGCCACCCCCUCCACCCCCACCCCCACCAACUCCAACUCCGAAGCCGAACUGGAGGAGGCCACGCGUCCUCUGCGGUGCCCCAAGUGCCGCACGGUGACGCGUGUUCGUCUGGUCGACGGCGAGGCCGCGGCGCCGGCGGAGGGCGUGAAGGGCCUGCCACGCAACUUUGACCUCAUCGACCUCCUCUCCUCCUCCUCCUCCUCGGCCAUGAGGCAGCCGCGGCCGACUGUAGAGACCUCCGCCGCCGCCGCCGCGGCGCUCAAGUGCGCCAACUGCAGUCAAGCGGCGGCGGAGAAGUUCUGCGAGCAGUGCGGCGGCGCCCACCUGUGUAUGGCAUGCGACGCGCAGCUCCACGGGUUCCCUGCGCUGCGGAGCCACGUGCGUGUGGCGUCGGCCGACGCGCCCGAGCCGCGCGCCGCGUGCGAGCACCACCGGGCCAAGAAGGUGGAGAUGUGGUGCGAGCGCGACGGCGUGGCCGUGUGCGUGGUGUGCCUCGUGGCGGGGCCGCACAAGGGCCACGAUGCCGUCACCAUCGAGGAGGCCGAGCAGCGAGUGCGCGAGGCCGCGCGGGUCGAGCUGGCCCAGGUCGAGGCUGCCAUGGGCGAGGUCGAGGCCGCCGUGGAACGCCAGGCGGCGCGCGAGGCCGCCGAACAGGCGAGCGCGCGCGAGGCCAGGGCGGCCAUCAAGCAGCACUUUGACCAGAUGCGCGAGGCCGUGGCCCAGCGCGAGAGAGUGCUAGGCGCCGAGGUGGACGAGUGGGAGCGCACUACGGCCGAGGCGGCGGCCAAGCGGCAGGCCCAGCUGGCGGAGGCCCACACGCGACUGGCGGCAGCCGGGAAGGCCCUCCAGCAGCAGCAGCUGCUGCAGUGCGGUGGGCUCGGUCGGUCGGCCACUUGGGGCGAUUCGGCAGCAGUCUGUCAGGCGGCGAGGACUGCGGCGGCGGCGGCGGCGGCGGCGGCGAGAGGAAUGCAGGCGAGCAGCAUCGCACUCACAAGCGAAGACACGUGGGCCGAGGCGGUGGGCUCGUCGGGUCGCCUGGAGCGGCGCACGGCUGCUGCUGGUGGUGUUGUGCGCGACUACACUGUCAUGACAGCGGCCCAGCGUACUCUCGGUUCGGUUGACCAGUUCAGAAGGCCAUGGGCCGUGGCAGUCGACGCGGCGGCGGGCCACAUCGUCGUGGCUGACUGCAGCCAGGUGCACGUGUGCCGCGCCGACGACGGGUCGUGCGUCCGCACUUGGGGCACCACCCCGGGUUCGGGUGCCCAGAUAGGGACCUUGUGGGGCGUGGCGGUGGACCAUGCCAACGGCCACAUCGUCGUGACCGACAUCUACAGCCACCGGUUGCACGUGUGGCGCGCCGAUGACGGGUCCUUCGUCCGCACCUUCGGCUCCCGCGGUUCCGGUCCCGGCCAGUUCCAAUGCCCACGCGGCGUGGCGGUCGACAAGGCGGGCCACAUCAUCGUUACCGACAGCAACAACCAUCGGGUGCAGGUGUGGCGCGCCUACGACGGGUCCUUCCUUCGCACCUUCGGCUCCCGCGGUGCCGGCCCCGGUCAGUUCCAACAGCCCGCGGGCGUGGCGGUCGACGCGGCCACGGGCAACAUCAUUGUGGCCGACUCGGGCAACCAUCGGGUGCACGUGUGGCACGCCGAUGGGUCCUUCGUCCGCACCUUCGGCUCCCGGGGUCAUGGCCAGGACCAGUUCAAUAGCCCCGCGGGUGUGGCGGUCGACACGGCGGGUAACGUCAUCGUGGCCGAUUGGGGCAACCAUCGGGUGCAGGUGUGGCGCGCCUACGACGGGUCCUUCCUUCGCACCUUCGGCUCCCAGGGUGGCGGUCCCGCCCAGUUCAACCGUCCUACGGGCGUGGCGGUCGACGCAGCGACGGGCCACAUCAUUGUGGCCGACAGCAGCAACAAACGGGUGCAGGUGUGGUAA